AUGGCAGGGCUCCUCUGUAAGAGGCGCAAAAAAGGAGUGAGUGACCUCCAAGAAGAAGGUAAAAAUGCUAUCAAUGCACCAAUGAACCCAAGUGCCAUGGACAUCCAUCCAGAAGACACACUGUUAGAGGAGAAUGAGGAACGCACUAUGAUUGAUCCUAACUCAAAAGAAGACCCCAAGUUCAAGGAGCUGAUCAAGGUUCUAAUUGACUGGAUUAAUGAUGUGCUGGUGGAGGAGAGAAUCAUUGUCAAACAGCUUGAAGAGGACCUUUACGAUGGGCAGGUGCUGCAAAAGCUGCUAGAAAAAUUGGCUGACCGUAAACUGAACGUGGCAGAAGUGACGCAGUCUGAAAUUGGUCAGAAACAAAAGUUGCAGACGGUCCUGGAAGCUGUCCAUGAUUUACUCCGACCCCAUGGCUGGACAAUCAAGUGGAACGUUGACUCAAUCCAUGGCAAGAAUCUGAUUUCCAUUCUUCACCUUCUGGUAGCUUUGGCAAUGCAUUUCCGGGCUCCCAUUCGACUGCCUGAACAUGUGUCUGUACAAGUGGUAGUUGUACGGAAACGCGAAGGCCUCCUUCAGACCACUCAUGUUACGGAGGAGCUGACGACUACGACAGAGAUGAUGAUGGGAAGAUUUGAGCGUGAUGCCUUUGACACACUUUUUGAUCAUGCACCAGACAAACUCAGCGUAGUCAAAAAGUCUCUGAUCACCUUUGUGAACAAACACUUGAAUAAACUGAAUUUGGAAGUAACGGAGUUAGAAACCCAGUUUGCAGAUGGCGUUUACUUGGUUUUGCUCAUGGGUCUCCUUGAAGACUAUUUUGUUCCACUUCACAACUUCUACUUAACACCUGAAAGUUUUGAUCAAAAGGUCCAUAAUGUUUCCUUUGCUUUUGAGCUGAUGCAAGAUGGAGGACUGAAGAAACCAAAAGCUCGCCCUGAAGAUGUUGUCAACUUGGAUCUGAAGUCAACCCUCAGGGUUCUAUACAACCUGUUCACAAAGUACAAGAACGUUGAAUGAUCCUGGAAGCUGCUGAGGUCUUCAUCCUUCCAACCUCCUUAGGCAGAAAUUACAAUAAACGCACCCUCUGCACGCUCCCUUUGUGCCUUAUAUUGUACUUCAUGCAUUCUUUUGGCAGUUGAUGUGGUCUCUUUGUAGCUGUUUGUAUGACAAUCCCACUAAAAAAAAAUGCAUGUGUAUUUUCACUUGAGAAUGUGUAGAUAUUUCACACUUGUACUAGAAGAUACUGUUGGGUCUGUUGUUUGUUAUGAUCAACAAAUGUUCUUUUGAUAAAGGAAACACACCACUAACUACUUCAACAUGCAGGGAAAACAUGAGACUUUCCUCAUGGCUGGACACUCUUUGAUU